UAAUGGCACCCAAGAACACAAGAAUAACCAAACAAAGCUUUCUGGCUUCAUAAGAAAAAGGGUGACAAACCUAGCUUCAUAACAGUAAGGUUUAACGAUGGCAGGAGAGAAAAGUAAGAUACUGAUAAUAGGAGCAACUGGGUAUCUUGGAAAAUACAUGGUGAAAGCAAGCAUUUCAAUGGGUCAUCCAACUUUUAUUUACGUUCGCCCAUUGAAACCAAAUUCUGAUCCUUCAAAGCUUCAGCUUCACAAGGAUUUCCAGUCUUUGGGUGUCACUGUUUUCCAGGGGGAUUUGGAGGAACAAGAGAAGCUUGUUUCAGUCGUUAAACAAGUAGAUGUGGUGAUUUCUACUCUCGCAGUUCCUCAACAUUUAGACCAACUUAAAUUAAUUGCUGCUAUUAAAGAUGCAGGCAAUAUUAAGAGGUUUAUACCUUCAGAAUUUGGAAACGAAGUAGAUAGGGUAAGUGGGUUGCCACCUUUUGAAGCUCUACUGGAAAACAAAAGGAAGAUCAGAAGGGCGAUAGAAGAAGCUGGAAUCUGCCAUACUUAUGUUUCUGCAAAUUCAUUUGCUGCAUAUUUUGUGGAUUAUAUUCUCCAUCCACAUGAAGAACGUGAAGAACUUGUUGUUUAUGGGAGUGGUGAACCCAAGGCUGUGUUGAAUUAUGAGGAAGAUGUGGCAGCCUACACCAUAAGAGCAGCAAUAGAUCCAAGAGUAGCCAACCGUGUUAUUAUUUACAGGCCACCAGGAAAUAUUGUGUCUCAGUUAGAUUUAAUUUCUUCCUGGGAGACAAAAACUGGACGAACCUUCAAGAAAAUUCAUGUUCCUGAGGAAGAAAUUGUCAAGCUUUCUGAAACCCUACCACACCCAGACAACAUCCCUGUGGCAAUCUUGCACAACAUAUUCAUCAAAGGUGAUCAAAUGAGCUUUGAACUUACAUCAGACGACUUGGAGGCAUCCAAAUUAUAUCCUGAUUACAAGUACACUUCUGUUGAUGGUCUUCUUGAUUUGUGCUUAGUUAAUCCUCCAAAACCCAAGUUGGCAGCUUUUGCUUGACCUGCUUAGUGUUUUUUUUUUUUUUUUUUUU